CGGUGGCAAAGCCAUGUGGGCGCUGGCGUAGGGCAGCGCGGGGUCGCUAUGGCGGAGCUGCAGCAGCUCCGGGUGCAGGAGGCGGUGGACUCCAUGGUGAAGAGUGUGGAGAGGGAGAACAUCCGGAAGAUGCAGGUAACGGGGGGGCCGAGCCGGGACCCCCUUUUCCGUGGCUGGGGUCCCGGGCCCUCGUCAGCCGCCGAGCCAGCGGACACCGCUUUCCCCUCCCCGCGCUCUGGGGCUGAGCGCCCGUGGGGUCCCCGGGGCUCCUCGGAAGCCCGCCAGGCACUGAGACAGAACUUGUCGGAGCUGCGGCUGAUCGCGUGACGUCCGUGCGCCCCGGCCACGCGCGAGGCCGCGCCCCCCCUCCGUCCAGCCCGGCGGCGGGAUGUCCCCUGGUAUGAGGCGCUGUCCUCCACCUUCCCCGUAGCGCGGCCCCUUCCGCAGGGCCUCAUGUUCCGGUGCAGUGCCAACUGCUGUGAGGACAACCAGGCGUCCAUGCAGCAAGUGCACCAGUGCAUUGAGCGCUGCCAUGCACCUCUGGCUCAGGCCCAGGCCUUGGUGACCAAUGAGCUGGAAAAGUUCCAGGACCGCCUGGCCCGGUGCACGAUGCAUUGCAACGACAAAGCCAAAGAUUCAAUGGAUGCGGGGAAUAAAGAGCUUCAGGUGAAACAACAGCUGGACAGUUGUGUGGCCAAGUGUGUAGAUGACCACAUGAACCUCAUUCCAACUAUGACCAAAAGGAUGAAGGAGUCUCUCUCAUCCAUUGGGAAAUAAAAGUCUUUGCCAGUGGCCAUCGGGGAUUAGGGCAGGAAGUAAAACUUACGAAUGAAGAAACUAAGGAUGACAGCAAGUUUAAGACAUUUCACUUGCCUCUGGACCCUGAUUGCUCUACAUUUGGAUGCUAGAAAAUGAAAUGAAAAAAAAAAAAAAUUGGUGCUAAAGUUUGGGUCAAAGAUAGCACAAGAGAGUGUUUUAGAGCCUAAAUUUCAUGUGGCAAGACUUUAUCCUGGCAGUAGAGAUCUCAGUUGUACAAACUGAGAACCCUCCAAGGUACCUGUGUUUUAAUAAACAGAUAUUAGCAGGCUGGCAGGUUCCUCUAAGCUGCCUGUGACCUGGUGGAGUUGCAGAAGUGUCUCUGUACCUAAUUUUCUAUGUACCAGAAAUAUCACCACACUAUUUUCUACUAAGCCAUAAAACAAAAUUCAGAUAACUAACUUACAAGCCUGUAAUCCCAGCAUUUGGGAGGCUGAGGCACAAGGAUUGCCAUGAGUUUGAAGCCAGCCUGAGCUACAUAGUGAGUUCAAGACGAGCCCAGACUACAUAGCAAGACCCCUCUCAAAAGAGGUGUGGGGAGGGGGUACAUACCUUCAUUUUGCUUGGUUUUUAUAGGCAAGGGCAUGAAGCGGAUUUAAGAUGUGGAGUUGAGAGAGUAGAUGAGAACUCUGAAAGGCUCCUUGUGUAUGUCCUUUUUUAGCCAUCAAGAUAGGGAUGUGCAUGUCUUAAUAUUCGUACACUAUGUCUUUCAAUCUGGAAAUGAUUGCAAAAAAUGAGUUAGUGUCACACACUAUAUGGAAAACAGACCUUCCUCAUGCUUUUUGUGGCAGUUAACAGGACAAUCUUGCAGUGACACUUUUCCCUUGUAGGGUAAAGAGUUUUGACUCUGAUAAACUGAAAUAGGAACUGUUGGUUAGUUAAGAGAGCUGUGAAGUACUGAACUUGAAGAAACUGGUUUUUAUAAAACAAUGGAAUAAAAGCCUAAACCCAGCACUGUUAGCCUCCUGAAUUACAGCGCCUUAUCGAGGUAAUCUCCUGGCAACAGGAAGGUCAAAAAGUAAGCAAUUUGAGCUGUGACUCCUUUACCAAAUAACAUUUUUGCCUGGGGCCUUUACAACAUAGUGUUCCUGCCCCAGCAUGGCACCUUAUCUUUUGGAUGAGGUAUGUGUUGUCUUUUUACCAGUUUAUUACUUGAAAUGAUUAUAUAGCCUGUCUGUUUGCUGUGUCAAGCCUGUGAUACAUUUUCCUAGUGGUUUGGUCUCAUAAAUAAAAGUUUCAUUGUCUCCUCA